AUGUCCUGCACCCCGUUAGAGAAGAGGCUUCUGCUGUAUGGAAACAAUAAAGGAUUAUUGGCAGGUUUUGAUUCCAGAUGUAUUUUAUCUAGGUGUUGGAAAGGCGGAAGUGUGCUUCUGGAGUUAUUCCUGGUGUUGUGUCACCUGAGUCCACCCAUGAGUAGGUGGCUGAGUGUGCCCACAGGGAGCCAUGAAGGGAUAGGAGCCACGGAGCGGUGGGGGCGGGGGGAGUGCUCCCAUGAGGGCAGCUGCCUCCCCGACUCUGCUCCUCGAAGCUGGUAUUCAGGGCCCCCACCCUGUGGCCCAAGGAUGCCAGGCAUGUGUCCCCCACGUGGACAGCCUCUGACCUGGCCCCCCGGGACGUGGCUGGAGGGAAGCAUAGAUAUUCCGCUCUGGGUGCAGACUUCAACUUCCCAGGACUUUAUGUUGUCAAAUAAACCUGUAAACAUUCCUUAG